CCUAGCGCUCUCGGGUGUGCUUGUAAACGCUCAGAAGAUGGAAAUUAGUCUUUUGAAUCUUUUGUACGGAAUUGCCAGCUGUAUUUGAAAUAAUCUGCCCCCGCGUGCUGUUUCUCGCUCCUAACGUCGCUGAAAUGAAGGCAUCAGUAUCGGAAAUACUGGAGGAAGUUGAAACCGUCAAGUCAGCACUAGCCGAAGACAAUCCUCGAAAUGCAAGGGCCUUCAAGCUUCGUACACGGCUUUGUUUGCUGUUGGAAGAGUUGCUCCUAACAGACUUGGAAUUUGCCCUGGACAAGAAACUAGAGCAGGAGCUAUGGAAUAGUGCUUUUAGGAAUCCUAUUGCAGCAUUCCAAGUCAAAUCGACUGACAAAAAGGAAAGGGCAAAUGGAGAAUGCCACUCAAUGCUGUCUACAUUAUUGGAGACAGCCAGUGGCUUCUAUCUCCAGCUUUUUCAGAAACUCUGCUCUGUAUAUGACAUAAGCUUCAAAUACCGCCUCAAAGACGUGAAUUUCGGCAUCCUGCAGUGGGCAAAGCGCGAUGACCGUAACAUUCAGAAACCAAAGAUGGCCUCUGUCCUCUACAUUUGUCAGCAUUGCUUAGUUCACCUUGGAGACAUAGCACGCUAUCGUGGUCAAUCACUGCAGGCUGAAAACUUCUACCGCCAUGCUGUUGACAUGGGACCACGAAAUGGGCAUCCUUACAACCAGCUUGCCCUUUUGGAAGCAGCUAGUGGGGAGAAACUCUCUGCAGUGUUUUUUCACGUGCGCAGUCUUGCACUGCUGCACCCUUUCCCAGCAGCUGCCACAAACCUUUCCAAGCUUUACUCAAAAAUGGUGUCUGACAGUGUUACAUCCAUUGGCAAGACGAAAAUGUCACCGUAUGAGUACACUACAGCAUUUCUUCAGUUUCAUGCACACAUAUAUCUUCACACAGAAAUAAGCCGAGCCGAAGCUGUGCUGGCCUCUCUGACGAGCAGCCUUCCAGCACUGGUGAUGGUGGAGAAGCUGGACACAUGGCAGCUGCUGCAGAUGGUGGCCAUCUGCAUGUUCAGCCAGCAGCACUGCAGAGCACGGGCACCCAGCCCAACCGACCCUAGCAGCACAGCUGGCCCGCCACGCAAGACUGCCCAGCACCUCCUACUCGACCUAGUCGCAAGCAUGUUGCAUGCUUUCCUGCUGCCCAUGCAUGCGCUCCAGGACCCUCGAGAUAUGCGCGACUGUGGCAGUGUGCCUGUGGUAAAGCUGGUUCUUGAUUGGCUCCUGCACAAACAGGAGCUGCUAUGCAGUGAGCCUUUCAUUCGAAAGCCACAGGUCUGGCAUGGGUUCUGCAAGCUGCUCAAUGGGUUGCUCGCUGUGCUUCCUGCUGAGUUUCCAAAAGAGAAAUUUUCCACAAUUCCUUUGCCAGAAGAUUGGGAUGUGCAGUGCUUCACACCACUGCAGGAGGCUCACAGCAACCUCUGCUUUGAAAAUUCCCCGAAGCUGACAAAAAAUGAAAUCGGUGACUUGAGGGCAAGCAGGCUUCUUGAUCUUGCAGAGAUGCUGAGCCAAGUAGUCAUGAACGGCAAAAAUGUGGUUGUGCUGACAACGGAGACACCACCAAGGUACAUAGCCAGCCACUACACUGAAGCUAUGCGCAACCAAGUGAUGAAGCAGAUACAGCAGCUGUCCAUCGAACCAGAGGGAGACUCCAGAAGGCCUGAGAAGAGUGUCUCAGAAGUGCGUUUCAAGCUGGAGACUGAUGGCCACACAGUCAAGGCUGGGGAGCCAGAGAAGAGGGGCGUUAAAGGGACGACUGCAAUCAAGGACCGGCGACCAACACGUAACGUGGCUAUGCAGUCUAUUUUUCAGCAGUGGGAGCAGCGAAAUGCAGGCCUGGCUGACAGCCAUAGUGGAUGGAGGGGUCCCUCGUCUGAUGCUCUGUCUUCUGCUAUACAUAAUAUACCAGGUCAGAGUAACCACAAUGUUGAUGAGAAGCCAUGGCAUCACCAACACUUUCCGCAUUCGAGCAGCAGCGGCAGCCGCGUGAACUUUAAUCUACACCCUACUGCCAAUGGGCAGACCAUGAAUGGGCCUGGUUCUCCUCUCACCUUCGACCCAGGAGUUGCUCCAAUGCCACCAGCACAGCCGCAGCCACUCUUCAGCUUGGCUGAUGCUGGUGGUGGGCAGCAGGCAGCAGCAGCUGCAGCAGCAGCAGCCCAGCAGGCCUCGUCCUUUGUACCUGGCUCUCUAGCAGGACCGACCAUAGGGCCAUCGUACCUGUGGAACUACAUCAUGCCCACACCAGUGGGCCCCAUGGGUGCUACUGCAGCAGGACCACAGCCACCCCCACUGCUGUACAUGGGUACCAGCCAGUCCAUGGUGGCCCCUCAGCUGGAAAACUUGCUGCGACAGCAACAGCAACACCAACAACAACAACAGCAGCAGCAGGAGAAGCAGCUGCAGCAGCAGCAGCCACCACAGCCACAGCCUACUGAACCUGGCAAGGUGGCCAGCACUCCUGCUGACCUUUACCAGGGGGGUCCAUCACCAGCAAUAGCACCUCCAUCACAGCCAACUUGGAUGCCUCAGCAGCGUGCGGAAGUCAACGGCUGCCAGAUGGUGCCCCCAGCUGGUACAGCGCAGACAUCAGGAGCUGACUUGCCAACAAACACUUACUCACUGUUCAAUUCUCCUUGGCCUUCUGGUCUGCACUACAUGGCCAAAGAAGGUGGCAGAUCUCAAUCUGAAACACUUGAACCCACGAUGAUGCAUUCCACGAUUCAGUCCCUGUGGUCGGGACCCGGUCCCUCACCGCUCGAGCGUCUGCUUGAACAGCAGAAGCAGUGGAGAGAUGGCGCUGCACAGUGAAAGCAUUCGGUCCUCUGCCCCCCCUUUCCAUCUGUUGAGCAAAGCACUUGUUGGGAAUGAGGCUCUUGUCACCGGAUUGCCUAUAUGCUCAGUUGCCCAAGCAGUGUGGCAAGCAAGGCCACUGGCUGACAGCAGCAGCCGAUGGAGCACUGGCCCUGCCAGCUGAAGGAAACUCUUUUGGCUUUUGGGAACUGAGCAUCGAGGUGUGACUUGAGUUAACAGAGCGCCCAGGCCUAGCUGAAGUGGGCACGGUUUGAUGUCUGCAUGGUUCUCAAUCAGUCCUGGGCAUGAAGUGCUCGUGAAGGAGUGUUAAUUCAAAUGACGACCAUCCUUUCUGGCCAUCACGAGUAGUCAAUGUGGCUAAGGUCCGGUUUGUCAUGUUUUAUUCGACUCCUUUCCCCCAAGGUUUGUGCACGUACAGCAGGGCCCAUGGGUAAUCUUCAUGGGGGUCCUGUGCAAGACCACGUGUGUUUGCCUGCUACGAACGAGAAUGAGAGAAAAAAUUAUUAGAUUUUCUUAUCUUUCUUGUUCGGCUUGGUACCUUUCAAUGUAAGUCUCAGAAGCGCAGUCUUCAACACCAUAGCUGUGCGUAUCAAAGACAAAAUGUACUUGGUUUAUGCUGAUAAUUUUUUGCCUUCCUUAAAUUUCAAGUGCACUUUGUUUUUGUUUUUUUACGUUAUUUGUGUGGUUGACUGUUUGUGGCUGCAGAAACAGGGUAAGCAAGAAAGAGAGGCUUAGUUAAGUCUUGUGAAACUUAGCUCAGCUGUGCUCUGAGCGAGGCGUAGCUGUGGCUCACAAAAACUGUUGCUUAGUUCUGCAGACCAGUUCAACUAUUGUAGCAGUACAAAUCUUUAGUAUCAGGUAUUAGACAUCUGACCUGAAACACUGGGCAAAAAAUGGUAAAAGGUGUUAUUCAGCCACGCCUUUUCUUUCAUUCAAACCUGAAAUGUUUCAAGUGUUGUUUUUUUUUUGCAUUCGUUAUACAUACAUUCUUGUGCGUGCAUGUGUUUGAACACUUGUAAUGCAGCUUAACUGAGAUGCCAGAAAGAAAGACGCUGUCUUUGUUUUUGCCUUUGAGCACAGUAGUAUGUAUGGUUGAGUGCACAAGAUUUAGGAAGCAUCGUAUAUGCCAAACAGUAAAUUAUAUUUGUGCCAUAUCUCCAUGCACUGGCUGCUUUUAAAACUCAAGGGUUGCCCUCCAGUUUUUCUUUUAUUUUUUUCCCAUAGGAUUGGGUCAAAGGGAUUCUUGUCACACAUGCACGUACAGAUAUACUGCAAUUUCUUUUGUACAAGCAGCAUUGCUGUUACCACAGCUUUGUAUGCAAUGUCCUUGUUUUCUGGUCAGCAGGCUUCUGUAUUGUGUCUGUUAUUUGUCUCAGUUGUUUAUAAGGGCAUUGCAUUGCCUACAUGAGUGUAUGUGUUAUUUCCAGUGUGCUACGAAAGCACACAGUGAUUUGCCAGCUGUGCAAAAGGCUCUAUGCUUCAGUCCCUAAGGUUUUAUGGCAAAUGGUACUUGGAGUUUUUUGUAUACAUAGGUCAUUGCGGAUCAGAUCAAGAAAAGGGCAGCUGGUUGACAUCUUUGUUUCUUUGUAAAUUUUGUUAGUCACUACCUAAAAAGUUAAUCAAACAGUUCAUUGCUCAUGUUAAUUUGUAGAUUAUGUGGGCUUUUUUUCACACUUCCAUACAGUUGAAAACUGUGGUCAUCAUACAGUUAACAUAUGUGGUCACCGGCAUAAAGUGAGACAUAAACAGGAAAGCACAAGCAUUCUAACAGGGUUUCUGGUUUUCAUGAUGUUGAACGUUAUCUUAAUGUGCAAGCAAAUAGUAAUUAGUUAUAUGUAUGUACUGUCUCUAUUUCAUUUUGUAUGUUUAACGCAGAGCACAGGUAGCGCUUUUAUAGAACAACAAACCAUUCACCUGUAAUGUGCCAACAACAGGCCGUUGUGAAAAAGUAAAUUUUAUCGAAUUUCUAUCCGCCUAGUUUUAAAAGAGGUAUGUGCUUUUGGCCUGGUCUUGUAUUUGUUUGGAACAAAGUAUAACUUGGUGGCAGCAACCGGUAAAGUCAACUUUUAAUAUACUGUAUAACUUUUUUUUUAUAUAAAGGUGUAAUUAAAUGGUUGCUUUCAGACUGAUUAGGGCACAUUUAAAAGUGGUGGUGUGUUUUGGUGGUUGAAUUUAUGCGCUCCAGUAACGUGGGGUAGGCUGUGUUAGAAUAUGAACCUCCAAGUCUGAGUGCUCCCAACAGCUUUGAUUUCAAAUUUAGAGCAUUUGGAUGACUUGGCUGAGGACUUAGGUGGCAUGUGGCAGCUUUGAGUUGCUACUUCAUUAUUGCACAAUUACGCAGCCGGGGCAGCAUGAAUAAUUGCUAGAAUCAUCCUUUGCUUUAUCUCUCCUCACAGUAAGGAGGAAGUGUCUGAAAAUAUUCAAUGCUAAUUAUGAAUAUCUAUCUGUUGUUUUACGCUGUUCGGUUUUAAACAUCGCCCUUCAACUUUGUCUUUUACCUGAUGGGUGAUGCAACCACAAUUAGCACAUUUGCUGUGGCUAGCUUCCUUGAGGUUCCAUUUUAUGAGCAAGUGACCCAUGAGUGGGCCACUUGGCAUAUCUUCCAGGGGCACUGGUGACCCACUGGUGGCCCACCCCACAGUUAACGGGUUAAUCCUGCAGGCGAUGAUGGCAUUAAAGCUAGAACUCUAGUAAAAACAUCAUUCUCCUGACACUAUCGCAAUUAAUUUUUACAGUGAAGCUGUUUAUGGCUAAUUUCUGGCCGAUCACAUUCAAGACACUACGAAGCAUAGAACAAAGUUUAACUGCAAGUACAUAUCAGUUUGUAACACUUCCUAUGGAGGCUAGGUUAAAUAUUGUGAUAAUGGAAUGAAAUGCCUCUGCAAUACAUAAUGCGAAAGACCCUGGUAUCCUCUUGUACAAGUUUUGCCACGUCAAUUAAGUCAAGGCACUGUGUUGACUCAGUCUUUACUAGGUAAGUAUGAGGUGGCUGCGCAUUGUGGAGAUUUUUGGAUAUUCUCACAAUCAUCUCAUUGAAGGACACUGAGGAGAGUGAUUGAGAGUGCGCCCGCCUUCAGUAUAGCCAAUAAUGAUGAUAUACAAGUUUGCUCUAGCAAUAUUCACUAUAGCAGACCCACCAGAGUCAAAGCUUUGCUGGCUUCCAUCUCCAUAGAAGUGGAAGGGCUCUGAAUUUUCACAGUCAUGCCAUUGUAGUUGUUUGGACUGUAAAAAAACUUCUCCAGCAUUUUUUUCAUAUUGCUUGCAUGUAGUUGCACGACAGUGCAACAGCAUGGAAUUCAUAAAGUGGAAGAUCUAGGACAAAGUUUGCGUGUUGCAUUGGUGGUCAUUCAGGUAAUUUGGGCAUGUGGUUUCAAAGGAAUUUGACCGUAUUCACACGUCGAAGCUGGGGGGGUCCAUUUUUCAGUUGUCACACAACAUGUUAAACAGUUCUAAACUGAGCACGUCACGGUACUGCAGGUGCCUUCUUUUUUUUAUCCUGAAACCUCGCAUUUUGCACUCCUAUUGCCAGCCACCCACGCUUCCCCCUUCUUUGAACCAGAAUGACCAACCGAAUACACCGUAACAUGUCGCAAAAAAGAAAAACCUCUUUGGUCCAUACUGAAACUUGGCCACUGCUGCAUUGCACAUAGAUGCACCAGUGUGUUUGCUUGUGGUGUGCAGUUCUUUGAAGUUGAGAAUUUGUCUGAUUGAAAGUGAGGGCACACCGCCCAGUAGACAUAGACACCUAAAAGUACGAGAAUGGAAUGUCAGCCAGCUGUCCUUUGCUUUAUUCUUAUCCAAAAUAAUCCUCGUGCUCCUCUCAUGUGAUCACUUAGUUGAGAGUGUGUUUGUUUAAAACUUGAAAACGUAAGCACUAUAACUUUUUGUAGUCAACUAAAUAAAAAUCCAUGUUAUUGUUCCUGCAGGACCAAGUCAGUCUCUGUAUCUUUUUUUUUUUCUGAAAAACUUGUUUGUUUUUCUUUUUUUUAAUAUUGUGGAGCAAUGUUUCUGUUGAGCAGCAUAACUCAAAUGUUUUGGAAGUUAUGAUUCCUGCCUGAUGUUGGGUUUCAAAGUACCCCUGCAACAUCCAAAAUAAACUUUUUCUUCACUAUGGCUGAGAAUUUCUUGCAGGCUUCAACAGGCUGCCUUGGAAGCCUCAUCUUCUAUGUUUGCCACUGCUGCAAGUGUGAAAUGCUGUCUGUGCAUUGUUCUCUUAUUCGAGCAAUAUUUGUUUUGCAUGCAAAGUAGUGUGAACAAAGGUUAUGCUUUUGGUCCUUGGGAAUGAUUUUUAAAUAUUUGGUGCAACUAAAGCUGGAAUAAGCAUUUAUCGGCUGUGUUUUUGCCAUAAUCCCCUUUGUAGACACUCAUUUUUGCCCUAUAAAAAAUUAAAAUUUU